AAACACCGCGAGUCGCACGCGGACGCGCUGCCAGAGUUACGUCCACACGCUUGUCGACUGUGCAUGUCGCCGCUCGUGUUUUUCGUCCCGGCGGUCCGUCAUCGCGAAAUUGUGCAGCUCGCGGAAUAAAAAAAAUUCUUAAAACUCUUUAUUAGACGAUAUUUACCGCGAUCAUUUAUCGUAAAUAAUACAACACCAACGAGCGUUCGACCGACGACGAAAUGUGAACGAUUUGCCGCCGCCUUCACUGUUUUUUUUCUCCAUAUUUUUCCCUCAUCUGUACUCGUUUUGGUUUAGUUGGCAUGCCAAAUUCGAUGUGCGACUGCGGUGACUUCACUGGUUAUCGCCAAGAAACAGCAGCGGCGUCGUCGUCACAGCGCAAAAUAUAACGACGACACGGGUGGACUGCGUUGAACGACUGACAAAAUGAGUCUGUUCAACACGUCGUACCUGAUGGGCAACGACACGACGGGAGGUUGGGGUCCCAGGUACUUUUUCACAUUCUACUCGGAGUUCGGCGACGAGCAGGCCGAGUCGGCCGUCGAGGUUACCGUGUUCAUGGUUAUAUUCGCCGCGUCAGUCGUGGCCAACGUGUCCAUCGCCUGGGCCGUGCUCAGGUACCGGGAGAUGCGCACCGUCACCAACUGCUUCCUGCUCAACCUCACCGUGGCCGAUCUGCUGUUCGCCGUCACCACGCCGGCGCUGGCCUACGUCCGUGUCCGGCCCGACUGGCCGUUCGGAGAUUUCGUAUGCCGACUGUUGCCCUACUCGCAGUUUGUGUGCGGUUUCGUGCUACUAUGGACGCUGACACUGAUCAGCAUGGACCGUCACCGGUGCAUCGUCGUACCACCGUACCGGUCACAGCUGACACCCCGCCGUGCCACCGUGCUCACCGUACUCACGUGGCUGAUCGCGCUGGCGGUGUUCAUGCCCGUGCCGUUCUGGUUCCACGAACAGGCCGUGCUAGGAGACACAGCAGUCAAUGUAUGCACGCUGGUGUUCCCCAAGAACGACACGUUCAAAAUGUCCAUCGUGUUCACCGUGUCCGUGGUGUCGCUGUCCUGCAUCCUGCCGCUGUCACUGUUCGUCUACCACUACCAGAGGAUAUUCCACAAGUUGAACAAGACCCGACGGAGGAUCGAGCACUCGGUCUCGCAUCGGUCAGCAGUCGUACACACCACUUCGCGGAACAGCCUGUCACCGCCCUCCAACGGUUCCAUACCACAGGUGAUGGUACAGCGGCACGAGGAGCUCCGGUACAGGAAACACGUGCACGUGGUGCGUGUGCUGCUGAUCAACGUGAUCGUGGUGCUGGUGAUGUGGCUGCCGAUCACUGUUGUGAUGUGCCUGAUCUACGUGGACGGCAGCCGGGACACGGAGGACACGGGAUACUUCCUGAGGUCGCACCACUUCAUCAUGGGCCUGCUGUUCGCGCUGCUCAACACGGUCGUCAACCCGAUCCUGUACGGCGUGCUGUCCGAGAACUUCCGCAAGUGUUUCGCCCGACUGUGGUUCAUUUCGAAGCGGCGGCGGGCCAUGCACAGGGAACUGCUGGACAACGCCAGUAAGGGCGCCCGGACACCCAGCAACGGCCACUACAACUCGACAGUGCAACCCGGCAGUUCGGCGUCCGUGGUCGAGCUGCCGGCCACCGUGGUCGCGUCGUCGUCCGCCACCAACGAGUGUUGGUGAGGUGCGCCGACACUCAAACCAUCCGCGAGGUCAGAACGGAACAGAACUGCAGUCGCAUAAAAUGUCAUUAUUAUUAUUAUUAUUAUUAUUAUUAUUAUUAUUAUUACUAUUAUUUUUAUUGUAGUAAAUUGUAAUAUCGUAGGCACUCUAUUAAAUA